GAUGUGAUGGUGACGAUGAUGAUGGUGAAUAAUGGUGAAAAAUACUGUAAUGUGAUAAAAGAUAAGAACACCACCACCACCACCACCACCAACAUGUCUCCCUCACAGCCUCGCUCCAUCGCCUUCUCCAUGCAGGUCUUCAAGCGGUACCCGGAGGUCAUUCCUCUGGUGACCAUCAUUGGGGGAGCCAUGGUGGGCAUGUGUGUGUGGAGUGGAUAUGCCCUGGUCACCAAGACUGAUGUCCAGGUGAAGCGCAGUGGACUUAACCGCUGGGACCAGAUUGAUCUCAACCGACCCCAAAAGCUGCUGACAUACAACCAGAAGUACAGCGAGGAGCCCACCAUCACGGCCCUCAAGCAGGAGAUCGCCGAGGCCUACAAGGGAAAGUAAAGGCGACUCCUGGACACACACUAACAGCUUCCGAUGAGUGAUUUGACCCUCCACCACCGCCACUACCAUCAGUACAACCAACACCAGCACCACCACAACCAUGAUGAACGCAACGCCUCCAGACAUACAGAUAUUUCAAUGACCCCAAAAUGACAUGCUGCACGAAGGAAAUAUUGAAGUUAAAUCAUAUACAGCCAAUAACAAAACGAGUUAAAUGCAUAGCUAGAUUAAUGGUAAUGGUAAUAGCAGAUACUAAACCUAAAGAAAACCUAGAACUUAAAUAAUCAUUCUAGUAACCACUCUGAGACAUCCUUUCUUGUUCUACAGCCACCACCACACUUCCACAGACGCAGAUAUUAUUUUAGUGACCUCACAAUCACAUACUGCACGAAGUAAAUAUCAAAGUCAAACUGUAUACAACCAAAAACAAAAGGAGUUAAACGCAUAGGUGUACAUUUGUGGUAAAACAGUGAAAGCAUAAAACUAAACCUAUAAAAAAAAGGAAAUAUAACGGAACAUAUAAACAACCAUUUUGAUAUUUGUCUUAUAUUUCCAUUGAUUACUAGCCAUUCUACACCCUCCUACAAACACCGUACUGGAUAGAAAAUGCGCAUUGUGUUAUUCUUGUUCUCUACACUUGUUGCAGAUGCUUUAUAAAGAUUCCAUACAUAAUUGUGAGUUGCCGUCCAUCGUAUCGAAAGGGCUAGACCAAUAAAUGCAGUAAAGAACCAUUACGAGAAUCACAUCAAGCGAAAAAUACGAAAAAUGAAAAUGAUGCAGUAAAAAAAAAAAAAAAAAAAAAA